AUAACAAAACAGCUGAUUUCAAUCGAAUGUUUGUUUGUGUAGGUUAGGACCUGCAUAUAAAAAAACACAAGUGAUUGUGAAUUGUGAGAGGGAAUCAUGACUGAAGACGUAGAUCGUUUAGGCAAAUGUUUCAAACGAUCGUUACAAGCCACUUCCAAAUCAAAUGUAUUAGAAUGUCGGGUUUGCGAAGAAGUUUUUUCCAUGGAUGGAGAAAAAGUACCGAGACUUUUGCAAUGUGGUCACACGGUGUGUCAUGCCUGUUUACUGCGUUUACCCGUUUCAAUGCUGGAUCAGCUCUAUCUCCUAUGUCCAUUUGACAGACAACCAACAAAGAUUCAUGACAAUGGUGUUUAUGGGCUAAAAAAAAAUUUUGCACUCAUAGAAUUACUUGAGCGUUUGGAACAAUCGAGCAGUGAAAAAUCUCUUGCGCUCGAAAGAGAAAAACUCCAAUCAACACAGUCUUGUGACGAGGAUGAAGCGCACCUUGCUGUGCUCUACUGUACAGUUUGUUCCAGUCAUCUGUGCGAAGCCUGUGACAUGAUAACUCAUUCCUCCAAGACUCUUACUAAACACAAGCGUGUUCCACUAUCCGAGAAACCCAGGGAGAAACCUAAGUGUCCCAUACACUCAACGCAUAUUGCAGAAUUCACUUGCAUUCAGGAAGGUUGUCAUAAUGCGCUUAUGUGUUACCUGUGCAAAGAUUAUGGUCGUCAUAGCAUUCAUAAGCCAGCCCUGGUUGAAAUGGAGGCAGAAAGUGUGCGGAAAUCCAUAGUAGCUGCACUCCAAAAAAUGACUCAGUUUAUGGAAAGCAUGAGGGAUACUGCUCACAGAAUAGAGACGGUUGUUCAAGAGCUGGAAGGUUGGGCGAUAGAAGAUGCGAAACAGAGGGUGAGACAACAUUUCGAAGAAUUACGUGCUCUUCUCGCAGAACAGGAGAAAGCCGCAAUGACGUGCGUCGAUACCGAAACACGUGGUAGAUUAUGCGCCCUUAGACAACAACAAAAAGACCUUACAGCAACGAGGUCACAUGUUGCCGGAGUUUGUAUACAAUGCGAAAGUAUACUCGACUCGGAAGACUGGAAACUUUUGAGUAGUGCCGAAAAAAUCAAAGAAGUGCUCGCAUCGUUGGAACAGCAGCAAAUACACUAUGCUCAACUUGGACCAGAUUUUUUGACUCCAGAAUCUUCCAUCCCUAUUAUAUUUAGCAGAGACAACAGAGUUUAUAUCGGUACGAAGAUAGACAUGAGAGUUGUUAUAUUGGGCCUGGAUGGUGCUGGGAAAACUAGUAUACUCUCGGCAAUGAGAGGGAUGACGUUAUCUGGUCCACCAAUUUCGACAAUCGGUUUCAACGUCGAGAGUCUGGAAUAUAAAAAUCUCAUGUUUACUCUGUGGGACGUCGGUGGACAACACAAAUUUAGACCGCUCUGGAAACAUUAUUAUCACAAUACACAAGCCGUUAUAUUCGUCGUUGAUGCUAGCGAUAGAACACGCUUUGAAGAAGCUCGUAAGGAAUUGUCCAAAAUCGUUAAUGAGCGCGAGCUAAAAGAUGCGUGGUUCUUAAUCUAUGCCAAUAAACAGGACAUAGCCGAUUGUGCAACAGCCGAGGAACUAACGGAUAUUUUAGCAUUGCAAAAAUUGUGCUGUGGCAGAGCAUGGCAUAUACAAGGUUCAACACCGAUUACGGACCCCGGCGGUUCGACUCAAGGACUUGAUUGGUUAACACAGCAGUUGGGUGCUCACGAAGGCUUAUAUUCAGUUCCCGUUUCGCAAUAAUGCAUUAUCGCUAGUCGGUUUUUCUCCCGAAUAAUGAAAAAAAUGUAAUUUGACUCUACAUUUAUUCUGUUGCGUUAUGAUUUUUGCGAGUUGCCUGUUAUCAGGUGAAGUAUUUCGUUCAAUUUGUCAUCCUGUGAUCUUACUCUAAUACCCUAAAGUAUAUGCAAGUAAAUUGAAGAUAUCUUCGAUGAAUAACGACAGAACAGCGAUUGUUUUUUACCAACAAAUCGAGUAGGCACGGCGAUUCGUCGGGGCAGAAGGAGAAUCAGAUUGAAAACCAGCUCGAGCAUGUCUAGAAAAGUCUUAUUCAUUUAUUACAUGGUUUAUUGGUGGCAUUUCUUCAGUUUUGUUGUUUCAUUUUUAUCUUUUUUUUUUAUAUAAUUUAUCAAUCAUUUUAUCACUCAGACAUGUUUGCACGCAUUCAUACCCAUCACUCAUCUCGACCGUCAAUUGUUUGCGGAUAAGGGCUCAGGGCAGGGGAUUCACGGUUAUUACACCGUAUGGAAAAUGACGUUAUAAUCUAUAUAUUCGUAUAGAGAUAUUAAAUUACUUCUUUUUUCUUUCACCUUCAUAUAAAAACACUUGUCAAACAAAAACGGAACAACUUAUAGUUUUUUUUUGGAGCUGUAGCGGUGCACGACACGGAUAAGGGUUGGAGCGGAGGGUGGAGGGGGCAGAAGUGGGCAAGUCCAAGAUCGCUAUUCUUCUGUUGAUUAAUCAUUCCUUCGAAUGUUUCUCUCUCAACUGUACGAUUCACACCGUUUUUUGUUUUAAAACAUGCGUUUUAGAUUUUAUACUUUAUGCUGAACAACGAAGAAUCGUGAUGUCAAAGGACUAGGAUAAAUGCUCAGGCUCACGAGUCGAUAAACAACUUUGAUGCCCGCUUAUUGACAUUGCAAUCAUCAUUAUAAAUAAGCAAUUUUUUUCGCGAUUUUUGCCUCUCCUUUUUUUCUUGUUAAAGUAUGAAAUGAAAUUUACAUAAAUGAUUCUUUAAC